UCGACUUCGAGUUCGACAGCCAAAGCGUGUACAUUCGUGUGAGCAGCAAAUAAGCAAGCGACCGGCCGGCUUCCACACAGAGCACAACAGAACACAACAGUUGUCCAACGACGACGCGAGUGACUAGAACUUUGUCUGCCAGCAAUUAGAACGGACGAGUGGCGCGCACUAACGCGUAAACGGUCCUUAAAAAGCAAAGCAAAAAAUUAUAUUUUUUAGUUUAACAAAAAACAAAGAAACUACUAAUUAAAGUGGAUUUAACGAAAAAGACGUUUUAACGCAAAAUUUCAGUGAAUUCCUCAGAAAGCACGACGUUUUGUUUAGCUUCGUUGUUAUUGAUGUUUUUAUCUGUUUUUUGUUCAUUAAUAUCUGUUUGUGACUAAAACGCGCCUGCACUCAGCCUGUGUCUUGUGCAUCUCAUUUAGUGCAUCUUGUCGUUGUUGUAAUCGUAGUUUGCAUGUUUUCUGACAAACACGCUGCGUGCGGCAUUUUGUAUUUUGUAUGUGUAUGUUCAAUUUAUUUCAAUCAUUUUGUAUCGAAAUCCCAAAUCCUCUCCCGUACCUUCCUAAACUUCCGCAUCCUUUGCAACAUCAGCACUGCUGUAUUUACAAAGUUCCCGCCCACAAUGGAUUCGAGCAGUCAAAUUAGUGUUACUACCGCAACGACAACAACAACGCCGCCCAACGCCUCAACAUCCACAACAGUUGCCAUGCCCGCCAGUACAUUAGCCACAAGUGCGUCCACAACCGCAUGCGCAUUAACAACAGCAACUACAACAAUCUCCAGCACCAGCAAUGCCAGCGCUCCCGCCUCCAUUGUAACAUCCGGCUUAGCCGUCGGCAAUCAAAGCGCCACGGUUUUAGCGCCGAGCGCGUCGACUGCCGCUGUGGGUGGCCCGCUUAGCCUAGCGUCGGCUGUGAGCGGUCAACCCACACAGCCACAGCAGUCAGUGCCCAUCAUCGAUCUAGUGCGGGGUGAAGAUGCCAACAAUUCAUCGUUACCCAGCGUUAUUUCGGAAGGACAACGUUCACUCUCUGGAGCGCCAUCGGCCUCAUCGAGUCCGAUACUGAGUCCGCCCGGAAAAAUAUUCGGACGCAAUGCGAAUGGAACAAUGGUCGCCACAUCUCGUCCCAAUAAUGAGGCGGAAACACAGCUUUAUCGCGUGCUGCAACGCGCCAGUCUACUCGUCUACUAUGACACGCUGUUGGAAAUGGGCGGCGAUGAUGUGCAGCAGCUUUACGAAGCAGGCGAAGAAGAGUUUCUCGAAAUCAUGGCUUUAGUAGGUAUGGCAUCGAAGCCUUUGCAUGUACGUCGUCUACAGAAAGCAUUACACGAAUGGGCUAAUAAUCCAUCGUGGUUUCAGGGUCCCAUAACGUCCGCCUCCAGCACACCGGGUCUUUUCGACACACCCACCAAAUCGCCUGCGUUACAUAUGAAACAGGAAGUCUCACCUUCGUUUACGCGCACCGCAUUUCCCACUUUCACUCCCACACCAUCCGCCUUUAAUCCCACACCACUCGCUGCCACAUCCUCUCAUUUGAUUUCACAAAUCUGCCCGCCCGUUAUCUCAAUGCCUGUCAUACAACCACAUACCCCACUACCGCUCCCGACAGCUGCGCUACCCACUGCCGCCACCCCAGUUGUACCGCCCACAUUGAGCGCCUCAACGGGUGGCAGCACCACUGCGGGUGCCACACAUCAAGUAUCGUCCAGCUCGCCACAACUCACACCCGUACUCACAGAAAUGCAAGUGGCGCGCAUAACACAAGGUGCUGAAAAAAUCGCACGUCAAUUGCCACAACGCGAACCACGCGCGCACACCUCGAAGAAGCGCACGAGCCGCGAGCUCGAACAGGUCAUCGCCAUGCAUGAGAAUGAUCCGCGUCGCAUGGACGAGAUUCGUAAGUACUCGGCUAUUUAUGGACGCUUCGAUUGCAAGCGUCGUCCUGAGAAACCGCUGACGCUGCACGAAGUCUGUGUGAAUGAGGCGGCGGCGCAAUUGUGUCGUUUAGUGCCAGCGCUAUUGACACGUCGCGACGAACUCUUUCCUUUGGCGCGUCAAAUUGUCAAAGAUGCGGGUUUCGGUCACUCGGCGAGCAUAGCACGUUAUGGUGGUCUAUUACCGCAGGUAAUGCAGGCGCAGCAGGCCAUGACACGUUCCGCUGCCGUUUUGGAUUGUGAGUCGAGUGAUUCGACGGCUUCGGCGUCGAGUAAGCGUGCGCGUUUGGCCUCCACUGAGACAACGGCCGUCGUAACGCCAGCCGAUUUGGGUUUGAGUCGGGAAUCAACUGAGGAUUCGCGCUAUAAUCUCUUCGCGAUGUAUCAGAAAUUUGCGAAACCACCAUUCGAUCUAACAGACAUCAGCAAAUUCAACCUCAGCAAGAGCGAAUAUGAUGACAAUGAUAAUGACUCACGGCUUUCGUUCAGCAAUUCCAGUUCGCCUUCGAUGCCUCCCAGUUCACUCGAGCAUGAACGUGACCUGCCCGAGUCGAUGAAGUUCAAGAGCUUAACCUCUUUUGCGCCCAAUGUGAUUUCCACCACAGCAAUACACAGCGGUACAGAGCUAUUAGACGCUUCAAAUCACAAUAAAUCUUCACCGAAUCACCAGCAGCGUAAUCAACUGAAAAUCAUGAAUUGUCCAACGACCGAUGCCACAGUUGGUAUGCUGAGCAGUUCACCGCUCGGCGGCGUGCAAGUCAUUUCAGCGGCUGGUGGACACAUCAUUGCUGUGGCGAACCCCGCGCUGGCGCUGAGUCCAACGCUUAAUGAGGCACUGAGUCUGAAGAGGGAGGCGAAUUCGCCGGAAAUGUAAAUAAUGAGGAGGAAAGUUGGAAAAGUUAUCUAGAUAUAAUCUAAUUGUUAUAAAAUUAUUGAAAAAAACACACAAAAUAUGAAAAAAAAACUAUUUUUAUGAAAUCGUGCAAUUUUUAUAGAUUUAAUAAUUUAAAGAGUAUCUUUUAAAUAUAGAAAUAUAAGAAAUUAUAUAAUAAUGACUUGCACUUUUUAAACUAACACAAAUGACAAUGGAACU